AUGAGAUUCGAAAUUACACAGCAAGAGACGGCUUCGGAAGCAGCUAAGCGUUUGUGGAGUCUCAUUGAGCGCAUACCAAAAGUGGAGAUGAACGAAGAGGUUACCACUGGCUUCGUCAUAUCAGUCCUCAGCCAAAGAAACUCACUGAUACGCAGAGAACUAAAUUCAUGUACCAUCACAACAAGAGCUCAAUUGUACCGCGCCCGUGGUGGAAUAUCCCUGAAGAGACGUCAUGAUGAAAAUGAGGAGUAG